AUGUCAAAUUUUGUAUCGAAACUCAGAACGGCCAUUCUUUCCAAGCAAGAGAUAAAGUUAGAUCCAGAGGAUGCAGUGAUAUCCGAGGCACAAUCAUUGAUACUAGGCAAUGAUGAAAAAUUCUCACUUGAUUCCAAGUCUGGAUUUAAGGCUGAAUCUACGGAGAACGACAUUCGAACAGUAUAUUUUUGUUGGUUGAAUAAUGAAGCAACUGUCACUGAUUACAUUGAAAAAUGUGAGGCGUUUAAAAUCCCAGUUAUCUCGUUCAUGGCAAGAACUGAAUUGAGUUCUUACUUGAAAGGUGAUACCGAUACUUGCUCAUAUUUGGUUACCUUUGAUGACGACCAUCAUAGCGGGGCCCAUGAAACCUCCGACGCUGUGGAUGCUAACGCGGAGGCCGGAACUUCGAGCGCUGUUGAUGCAGGAAAGCAAGCCGAAGCUUCAGGGGAUGACAUAGAAAAGACAAACGGAUCUGGUACAGUGAAGCGAGAUGAGUCCAAAAUUGAAUCGAGUAAGAAGAGCACGAAGGACAGUGAAAGAGAAAGACAGCGUGAUAAGCAAAAACGGUCAGAGGAAAUCGAAAAAAUCGACUACAAAGAGUCCAAAAGGAGGAAGCUUGAAGAAGAUCCGCUUUUAAAAUGUAUCAGCAUUCAUGAGGUGGAGUUGAUAGAUCAUGAUAAGGCAUUACGUGGUACUCAGAAGAGUAACGACUUUUCCAACCUUAUAAGGGAAUGUGAGUACAAAAUUGUGCGUCCAUUAAAAGCAUCAUUCAAGGGUAAGAGUUCAUCCGCACCAUCAGCAGCAACCACUUCUACGUCUACGACAACUGGAGCAGCCAAGCCAGGAGUCAAUAGUUCAAGUGGAACAAAAUCCAGUUCAGCUUCUGUAUCGAAAUCUCGGUCAAAGAAACCAUCCUCCUCUUUGGCCACCUCUUCAUCCGCAAACUCACUUGGAACGGUCUUACAGAAGAAAGAUCCUAUCAUCAUUCUCUCACCAUCUGCUAUCUCUAUGAUAACUAUGACGAACGUCAAAUCAUUUUUGCAAAAUGGUAGGUUUGUUGAUGUGCACGAUCCAAAUUUUUCAGGGAAUACGUCAUCUGCUGGAGAAACUAAUAUGGUUCAGCUUGUGAGACACAGCAAAAGAUUUAACAAGGACAUCAAGUUUGUUGUCGUCAGCAACGUUGAAAAGUUCUUUGUCAAGCCAGAAUACUGGGAUCGUGUGGUUGCUGUGUUCACCACUGGUCAGGAAUGGCAGUUCAAAAACUAUAAAGUGAACCAGCCCAAUCUCCUAUUCCAGAAGGUCAAGGGAUUUUACGUGAACUAUAGUGGAGACAGUGUGCCCAGUAAUGUCAAAAACUGGAACGUGCAGGUGAUCAGCUUAGAUAGAAACCAAAGAUUCAAAGAUAGACAGAUUUCAGAAUUCUUAUGGGAAACUAUCGAGCGUUUCAUGUUAUCCAGAGGAUACAAAUGA